GUUAUUUACCAGUAAAAAAAAUCCAGUAUUCAGCAAAAAACCCUAAAAGUGAAAAGCUGCAAGGACGAAACACAGACCAGACGAGUUCUGCACAUAUUUGUCGACAAAAUGUCCCUGGAUAAAAUGAAAAAUUUGAGUCUGGAUGAUGAUAUGCUCCGAUCUGAAUUGGGUGAAGUGCAAGGUAUUCCUGUCAUGAAACCAAUGUGCACCAUAUGGGAUCGAGUGUGGAACUUCAAAGCCAGACCUGAUGAUCUACUCAUUGCAACAUAUGCAAAAGCAGGUACUACGUGGACACAGGAGAUAGUGGAUAUGAUUGAACAAAAUGGAGACGUUGAGAAGUGUAGACGUGCCAGUACUUACAAACGCCAUCCUUUCCUUGAGUGGCAUAUCCCAGAUUCUUCAUCUCUCGGAUACUCAGGCCUGAAGUUAGCUGAAGCCAUGCCUUCUCCACGAACAAUGAAAAGUCAUCUCCCUGUGCAGCUGGUGCCUCCCUCCUUCUGGGAACAAAAGUGCAAGAUCAUCUACAUGGCAAGAAAUGCAAAAGACAACCUGGUGUCAUACUACCAUUUCCACAGAAUGAAUAAAGUAUUGCCUGACCCAGGAACCAUUGAGGAAUUCACAGAGAAAUUCAUGAGUGGAGAAGUGCUUUGGGGAUCCUGGUAUGACCACGUAAAAGGAUGGUGGAAGGCAAAAGACAAGCACCGUAUUCUCUUCCUCUUCUAUGAGGAUAUGAAGGAGAAUCCAAAGAGAGAAAUUCGUAAGAUUAUGAAGUUUCUGGAGAAGGACUUAGAUGAGGAAGUUCUCAACAAAAUAAUAUAUAAUACCUCAUUUGAGAUAAUGAAAGACAAUCCCAUGGCAAACUACACUAAGGAUUUUGAGGGAGUAAUGGAUCACUCAGUUUCCCCAUUCAUGAGAAAAGGAGCUGUUGGAGACUGGAAGAAUUAUUUAACUGUGGCAUUGAACAGGAAAUUUGAUCAGGAUUAUAAGAAGAAAAUGGCUGACACCUCUCUAGUUUUUCGCACGGAAUUGUGAAUAUUAGCAACGGGAGUUAUUUUUACAAUCUAUCAGCAUUUUCCUUUUUCCAUAUUUUGCUUUUCCUUCACAAAAUGCCUUUCAAAAUCUUUCACACACUACUGAUUAUUCAUUACGAUGAGAUUGUUCAAACUAUGUGGAAUGUAGAUUUGCCUCCCUGAAUAAAAUGCUCCCUCCCUGAUUAUUUGCCAUUCAACCCUUCCACAGUAACUUUUAGCAUUAACUAAAUUAUUUCAGAUAUUUUGGGUUUCUGUCUUUGUUAAACUGGAGUUGAUAUCACUGGCAUUUUCAAAUCAGAAAUUAGGAAACGAACAGGAAAAAAAGCUGUGGGCAUUAUAAUGUGCUAUUCCCACAUUGUAUAAAUGUUAAUUGAUAAAUAACAACAAUAAAGAAUUUUAAAUGUUGGUCAAGAAUAAGCAAAGCAAGAGAAGUGCA